AUGCGGAUUGAAGACGACGAGAUUACACGAAUGGUUUCUCAGCGACCAGCAGGGGGCAGCAGCGACAGGAGGUCGUACACCCCAAGGAACAACGGCUGGAGACACCAACCAUACAACCGCCAGGGUCAGGUACAAAAUGUCAAUCAAUAUGAUGAUACUAACAGUGUUUACAGGAAUGAACGGGUCGUUUAUCCCCCCAUCUCCGAGUAUGGCUUCAACGUCGACAUCGGAGGCGUGGUAAACGCCCUUCAAAGUGUAGGUGGUACCGUCAGAUGGCCGAAGAAGAGUGACAGACCAGACUCUACGAAGGACAUGAGCAGGUGGUGCAAUUUCCACCGCGACAAUGGCCACACAACCGAGGAAUGCAUCUCCCUCAAAAAGGAGGUGGCGUAUCUAUUGAGAAGAGUCCACCUGAAGGACCUACUAAGCGAAAAAGGAAAGGAGACGUACAACAAGGAUAGCAGCUCCCAACCCAACCCAGCACCAAGCGGCGACCGACCAGCCCCGCCCACGUUCGAAAAAGUGGUAAACGUUAUUUCUGGUGGUUCAGAUAUAUGUGGACUAACUUCUUCUGCAGCUAAAAAAAUCAACAGGGGCGAAUCUGAAGCCGUCAAAGAGGGGCAGACCGAAGACGAAGUAGCACUCGACAAGUCAUUAGCGGCGAUGAUAAUAACCUUCGACGACUCAGAUUCAACCGACACAAUACAGGAACAUCAUGACGGGCUAGUCAUAUCGCUCCCAAUAGGCAACGCUCUCAUCAAAAGGAUAUUGAUCGACAACGGCAGUUCAGCAAACGUAUUGUUCCUAGAGGCUCUGCAGGAAAUGGGACUAGACGAAAAGAGUAUAAUCAGAAGGUUGACAGUCCUAGUAGGAUUCAGUGGAGAAUCGCUACGAACAGUAGGAGAGAUAUCGCUGCCUACGUACGCAGAAGGUGUUAAUGUGAUGACCAAGUUCAACGUCGUCGACUGCCCAUCAGCAUACAACGUCAUUUUGGGACGACCAUGGAUCCACAAAAUGAAGGCGGUGCCGUCGACAUACCACCAGUCAAUCAAGUUCCCAACCAAAUGGGGAGUCGUGGAAAUCAAAGGACAGCAAAGGGACGCAAAGAAAUGUUACGAAACGACGCUGAAACCAUCAAAGUCAUCCAUCUAG